CCCGAUUGCUGAAAAGGAUGAAAGACAGAGUGCUUUACUAAGUCAAUCGCCUGUAAGACACAUUGAAUGUAAAUGAAAGUGAAGAAGUGGAUAGUAGUAAUCCUGAAACCACUUGAUACAUGUCUGUGUAUGCAGAAAACUUUAUGUCACACCAAAAAUUACUAUAUAAACUGGGAAGUGAGAGGACAGUAAAUCACAACUAACGACUACCUAAACUGACUUCACUGUGUUCAGUCACCAGUACGAAGAUACGUGUAAAUCCGGAAGAUGAGUGAUUUUGUCGUGUUUAUUGAGAACUCCGAAAAUGAUGGACAACCUAAAGUCGACCAGUUAUACCGGAAGAGCUCAGAAGUGCUAAAGAAGGAAGCGGAGGUGAGUGAGAAGUACAAGAAGACGGAGAAAUUGAAUUACAAAAGCGAUGCUCCAAACCGCCCAUCGGAUGGCUGUCUGCAAGAAUUUCGUCCACUCACGCGUGAAGAUCUAGUCCAGCUAGACAAGAAUGAACCGAUAUGGUGGCGCAUUCGAAUUGGGCUGUUGAUUGGUUUCAGUGUUAUCUGUCUCGGCCUGUUAGCUGGAUCCAUUGCAUACAUGUCUCUAGGACCUAAAUGUGCUUAUAAGCCGAAGUUACCAUUCUGGAGGUCGACUGUUGGCUAUUGGCUGGAUGUUUUCGCCUUCAAAGAUUCCUCUGGUGACCUUGUCGGUGAUCUAACUGGUCUCAUGUCAGAGGUGGACUAUAUCAAAAACGUAAUUGGUGCUGGUUAUGUGAUACUCGACUCCAUUACAAAAGGCUUCUAUACAAACUCAUAUAACGUAAUUGGGCUAGUGGAAGAUUACGAAGAGUUAGAUGAAGCAGUUGGCACGAUGGAAGAUUUCCGACUUCUAAUUAAACGUUUCCAUAAGGAGGAUUUGAAGGUCAUUCUGACCUUAGAUUUCAAUUCAGUAUCCAGCAAUCAUAAGUGGGUUGUCGAAGGUAAGGUGAAGUUGGCGAAGUUUCCAGAGAAUGUGGGUGUCAGGUAUACUCGAUACGGAAAACCAUUAGAUGUUAUGGUUGACGGUCAGAAGUACUAUUCAGUAUUUGGAUCACCAAGUGUAGACCUAGAUUUGAUGGAUUCAGAUACUCAGAGAGCAAUACUGGAUGUGAUCGGUUACUGGAUGAAGGAGGGAGUCGAUGGAAUUCUCCUUGACAACUGUGCAUUUCUCGUUGAAGACAGUGAUGCGGAGAUGGGAGCACGAGGCACGACACAGGAACCGUGGUUGACAGGUUAUCCAAUUCAUCAGCUGUAUAGAAAUGAAAGUGUGACGUUUGUUGGACGCGUACGACAGGAAAUUGAUGAAUGGAGUAAGAAGACCGGCAAAGAAAAAUUACUGGCUGUGUUUUCUGGUGAUACUGGCUAUUUUUCGAUCACUGAGCGUGAUCCGAUGUUGAUGUUCAGAGAUGUGGCUGAUGUAAUAAUCAGUGAACUAUUUAUUACGAAGCAACAUGAGGGAGCGUAUAACUCACGGUAUGCUCGGAACAUUCGUCAAUAUGCAAGUUAUGCAGAUGAUGAAAAGGAGAAAUUGGGUUUGUGUAUAUCAACUCCAUCUGAUUUGUUAUCCAAAGAUGUGAUUGCGUUGGCAGCAACAAUUUUAUUGCCAGGUUCCUCAAUAAUCUAUUAUGGAACAGAAUUGGGCUUGAGUGCAUUGAACGUUGAGUACAGAAAUGAUAAUUUUUAUCCGAAAAACGCCCUUCUCGGUGUCAGUAAAACUCCACUAGCACAUUUACCUAUGCCAUGGAGUCUGGACGGACGGAGAUUUUCGAAUGCUAUCAAUGACUCCAGCUUUAUUACUCACCUGCAAAAGUAUGAUUAUUUGGACACAGUUGAAACUUCCCUAGCUGAAGGACGUGGUGAAUCAGUUCUCAGUCUCGUUCGGAGUCUUGUAGCUCUCCGUGAAAAUCCCAGUCUGAAGUGGGGAGUAAUGGAGUUGAUUGACCCUCCAAUUUAUCAAUCGGGUAAUGUCUAUUGGUUGUUUGCACGCAGAGCUGAAGGCUAUCCAACGUUCAUUGUUGCCUUGAUCAAAUCCUAUUUCCUUGGACACGCGGUUUUAGACUUCACCUCCAUUUGUUCGUCGGUUACACCGAGAGCUGUUUAUCCAUCAAUUUCAAGUUUACCAGUCAAUGUUCCAUUGUCAACUUCAAAGAUAUUUAUUGAAAACGGUAUUGCACAUAAUCGAGUUCUAGUAUUUCAAUGUAAAUGAUGAACUAGCACAAAGUACAAUGAUUAACCGACAAUUCAUUCUAAACAAUGUGAAUUAAUCCUUGUCUGUUAUGUGCUGUGCUUUGCUUUCUUCGAUUUAUAAAUAAGUAGUAUUUCUUGCAUUGUACAACUAGUUAGAUUUCCAUAAUAUUCCAUUAUUAAUAAAUGUAUUUAUUCAUCUUCAUUGUCGACAAUCGUUUACUUGCAAUUUCCUGUGCUUCAGUAGAUCGACAGUUAUCCUAUAUUUCA